UACAACACGCGCCUGUGUUUGUCUAGCUAGCCAUCUAGUCUGUGUUGUCAGAGAAAAGCGUCCGUUUUACUGGUAGCGUUUUGGCGGUACGAAUCUACAGGAAGUCAAACAGGUUUGAGAGUCAAGAUACUGUGAGGAGAAAUACAGUCAUGUGAGACGGCAGCCUAGAAAUCAAGAAACUGAAAGGGAAUAAAUAAAGUUCCAAGUCUAGCUUGAUUGUUGACAUCUGCAGACACGACGAGAGAUGGAAUGGAAGACUUAAAGAGAUGAAGUAUUCUGCUCUACUGACUUCUGUAGUCGAAUCAAUGACGCGUAAAGAACGUCAUUGGCCGCAGGGUGUCUUGUGACUACCUGAUGAGUAACAAAGAAUACCCCACUGUCCUGAUACAGCUCAGUUACACAAAGAAAAAUCCUUGAAGCAACGUGCAGAGUAAUGGAACUUUAGGUAUUAACAGCGUGGGGCAUUGGUGAGCACGUGAAGAGACGGGUAUUAACAAGAAUGUCGAAAACAGCUCGAUCAUUUCUAUGGCUAAUAGUCACACUUAUAUUGUAUCUCUUUGACAAAGCUUAUAGUCUUGAAACAUCCACGAGCUCUCUGAGCACUUAUCCGCCAUUACAAGACAUCCGUUUUUCUGAUGAAGAGACUCUUCAAAAUGCAAGUAGAGCUAUUGGUAACGAGAGUAUUAACGAUGAUGGUGUUUAUUCUAUAGUAGCGUCUGUUUUACAAGUAUUAAAUACCAGUUAUACUAAUGAAUACCAACCUCUAACUUUCAGUCACAUUCUUACUCGCGAUAAUUCGAAUCUACCAGAGAGAAACCGGGUUAAAGGAGACGUGAAAACCAACUCAUCGGAGUCGAAAAACGAUCGAUUUCCAUUAAAGCACUUCUUUGAUAAUACACCACUGUACGAAGAAUUUAAUUUGACAGCUAAAAAUAAUGACGAAAAUGCAUUUGUGACUCAAGAAGACUUGCAGACGACCGUUUUUAGUAGUUCUCGUGAUAUCGAAUCACGUCAUAAUAAUUCACAACAUGCAGAAUCAGUGAAACGAAAGCACAAUGAUAUACAUUUCGCACAUUUCUUGAGAGACAGUCACACACCUGAUUUCUUGGUUAACCCUACUAAAACUAUCCGUGAAAUAACCAGAGAUGGUAUGGUUCCAGAGUCGUUUGUCAUCACACAACACAAUUAUUCAACCAGUCGACCCCCUUCACUUAGUCAUCGCACAAAUGUCGGUAACAGUGAUAAUUUUUCAGGCCUUUCGUUCAUCGGCAGCAGUCAUUAUUUGGAAAACAAUGCCACCAAUAACUCAAAUGUGCAUGAGCAACCAGCACCACAGUAUAGUUCCACAACACGCCCGAAAACAGAUGUCCCCGAUGUUUCUGUGGAAUUGUCCCUACAGCGCUACUACGACACUGCAUUUGCAGCAGAUGCGACUAAUAUUUCCAGUGAACUUCCAUUGGUAAACAACUCCAAAACUCUUUUUGGAUCACAAAUUUCAGAUCAUUUGGAAGAUCCAAUAUCACAAUAUGACGCGUCGAGUUAUCCUGAAAUAGAUACGGUAAAUGUUUCUGAAGAAUCAGUUCCAAAAUAUAGCCUUACUACAGCUGUCACAGUUUCUUCCAAGAAACAAGCAUCAGAGGAUGACUCCACAAUAGAUAUUGUAGCAAAUGUUAGUGAUGCUCAACGAAAACCUAAACCACAGCAUAACUCUAAUACUUCUACAGACUACUUUGUAGUAAAUAUUUCUGGUAUUCAUCGGAAGAUUCCACGUCCACAUAACUUUACAAGUAGUCUUAGAAAGGAGGUCCUCAUCGAUCCAAGAAAUCUGGCAUGGCAACAAAGCUCUACCAGUAAUAUCACGCUGGAUACUUCUAUUAAAAUUAGACAACAGAACAACUCCAAGAGUGAUUUAACACAAGCCAUAUCUAGCGUUACAGCAAAACCAGCUUACCAUCAUGAAUCUACUAGCCAUCAUACGAGGAAUGCCUCUAAUGUUUCUCAGAAACCUGUGCCAGAUUACAUUUCCAUGACACAUAUAAGAGUAAACAACUCCAUUGUUAGAAAAAAACAAUCACUGAAGCAUAAAAUACAAUGGUUUCCACUAUUUAAGUCUCCCACCGCAUUUUCGGACCAAUCCAGUAACUUUUCAUAUCCACUUGAAAUCAAUGACACGCAACCACUUUCUAAUAAACAGGUUUUUGGAAACGCUGGUGAUAAGUUUUUUUUCAAACGAAAUCCAACUGUGAACAAUACAUUUGGUGUAUUUACACUCGAAAAUCAAGCAAUACAGAAUGCAAACGAAACUACGCCAUUUCUUGAUGCGAGUUUGAACCCACUCAUUAAAUCGAUUAAAGAAGUCAAACCAGAGCCAUUAGAGGUAGAUUCAAAGUUGUCUGACUGGUAUAAGAAAAACAGAAAUAUGUUUCAAUUCUUCGACAAAAAUAAAUCACAUUUUCCUACUACAAGUUUUCCAACCAUGGUUAAUACUGAAGAACAACUUCACAACACAUCUUUGAGUGAAGAUAACUUUGCAUUAAAGGAAGUACUUACAAAAACAUUAAAACUUCCUAAUAAAAAUUUAAAGAAGAAUUUUGACAAAAUCGAUCAGUUUUCCACUCUAGCGUCAGAAUCAAAACCAGGUGAAUCAUCAAGUAUGCAUCUCCAGAAAAAAAAGCAAAAAUAUUCCAUAAGACUUCUUAAAACCUCAACGUUUGACCAACAACUCAAUGAUCUACCAUGGGAUAUAGAGCCAAUUACUAGUUCUCUUAAUCUCGAACAUCAACAGGAAAACAUAAAUUCUACAGAAAAUAACACUGUUCAAAUUGAGAAAGACAAUUCUGUUGAAAAUCAAUCAGAAUGGGAAAAAUCUAAAAACAUGUUGGGAAUUGCAUGGGAACUCCAUGUUUAUGUUACAGGUUCCUCGUUCGGACUUUUGGCACUUUAUUCUUUUGUAAGUAUUUUAAAGCUAGGGACAUAUGAGAAACUUCUUAGUCGUGGAUAUUUUAUAAGUAUUAGUUUAAUGCUUUUUGUCAUGGGAAUCAUUAGAGCUCUGUACUUACUUUUCGAUCCUUAUAACACACAAGGUUUUUAUCCCCCUGUUUUGAAUAAUUUCAUUUUCAACAGUGGCUUUCUCUGUGCAACUUCAGCUUUUGGUGUUUUAUCCUUAGCUUUGCUGCAAAUCACGCAAGUUGACAUUUUACCUCAACAUGUCCAGAGUCCAAUAUUUUUAUCAGGAGUUACAAUUUUUCAGUUUGCAUUUUCCUUCACAACAGAUGUUUUACAAGGAUUUGGUUUGGGUGAGACAUUAUUGCUUUUAAUUUUUCAGGCCACGCAGUUGUUGUGGGCAUUAACACUAGCUCUUGGAUACAUAUAUGCUUUCAGAAAGCUAUAUAAAUCAGCAGUUAAGAAACAAAGUGAGAUGAUCCGAGUCGCUUUUACCAGACUUCAUAUCGAUGGUGCACAGCUCCCAAAGAAACUUCCAAAGCCUACUUUGUGUCUUGCUGUGCGAUCAACAGUUAUAAUUGCACUGUUUGGCCUGCUGAUGGUUGCUCUGCGUGUGUUUGGAAUAAUUUACAUUGAUGGCAUAUUCGAAGCUAAACCUCCUACAUCAUGGACUUGGUGGGGUUAUCAGUUGGGUUCUCGUAUAGUGGAGCUUUUAUUGUGUUUUACGAUUUGUUUCAUAGCAACACUUCCAAUGAAGCGUUUUGAAUCGAAGCAACAGAAAUGUCGUAAAUAUUUAUUGUGGGUACCCUGCAAUACUUCUUGUUCCAGAAGCGAGGAAGUGGAAAGUGAAAUAUUUCCGAUUUAUUUUCCUAACUAUCAAGGUCAGCCAAAUGUGGCUUUCCAUACAACAUCUCUAGAAAGACCAAGACGUUGGAACCACACUACUUCCCUACCCACAAUUCCAACUUUUACCAAAGAACUUGACAGUGGUUUUCAGUUGAAAAGAGUCCCAACUGACAAUAAUGGGUUAGACGAACAAACGAACUCUAAUGCAUCAAAUAUUUUAUCUUUUGAAUCAUCGAAACAUCCCGCUAGUAAAAAUGUUACAAAUGAUCUAAAUGGUGAAUUACAGAGGCCAGUUGCUACACAAGGUAAACUUACUGAGGAAAAUUCAACCUCCUCCUCCAUGUUGUACAUAGAUCAAGGUUACAUACGCUUCCGUACUAUUACUGACCCAGAACAGCCUCCAAUACAGCUCACUGAUGGUGAUUCAUCUGAAGAAGACAACUGUCACGAUGAAAACGAAUCUACCAGGGCUCACGCUGGAUCCAGUGUACACACGUUGUAUGAGGAGGAUGUUUUUCAAAGUUCGCUGUCUCCAUUCUUCCAGGCCGGUUUUUAUCAAUCACGACUUAAAAGAAUGAGCCACUGGAGCUUGGACACAACAGACAACAGCAUGGAAUUGUCUCCCGAACAGCUGAGCAAUGUGACGUCCAAGAACGGAUUCUCCAGUAGUGCUCUGGACUUUACCCCCCGGAAACAAGGCAGCACUUGCAGCUCCGAGAGUGCUGCCAAUAGCUUUGAUGUGACUUUUUUUCUUAACCGUUCUGCUGGUGAUUCGGCUGUUAUUUCACAAGCUAUAUUUGGUGAAAUUGAUGAGGAUAAAGCAUCCAACGUCGAUAUUCCCCACAACAUGGCGCGCAGCGUCUCUCCAAUAGCUGCGAGUGCACGAAGGAAUCAUGACUUCCAGCUAAACUUGGAUCUUCCGUGUUCAAGUGGUGUCGGGCAAGUGAACGUAGCUUGUGGAACGGAGGAUAUAACACCAGACUCGGCGGUUUACCUCGACCUGCAGCUUUCUCAAGAAAGCUCUUGUAAACCUAGAAAUGACUUUCUCUUGGAAACACACGAAAGAAAAUCCUCGUGUAGUCAGUCCAUGACAGGCAUAGACAAGUCCAGAACCAUUGUUCUUUCAUCAAAAGAAAAAUCAACAACCAAGAUAAAUUUCAGGGAGCUCUUUGACCGUUUUAAAGGGUCGACGUUUUCGUUAAACACUAAUUUUAGUGGUUACGAACCAUUAGAGACAGAAACCCUCUCUCCUAGAAAAGGCGAACUUCAACCAGCAAGGCAACUAAAGAGAUCGAAUAGCGACAAAGGACCGACCCUUAAUGAGAAUCACGCUUAUUUUAGUUCAUUUGGAGUAUUAAAAAAAGAUCAUUUUAUAAACAUGGAACAGUUGCAUCAAGGUGAUAGUGGACUUUUGAAGGACUCACCAGAAAUCUCGAGUCAGGUCGACCAAGCUUGCCAGACGGAGCCAGUGUUCAUCAAAGAACAACGAAGUGAUAGAAGGAUUAGAGCUGAUAGAGAACAGUGUAAACGGCCAGCACUUAGGAACAUACAAAUAGUAGUGUAGUUAGAAAUGUGAUGUUUGGAUUGUCAUUUAAAAUACUCUUGUAAAUAGUUCAAACCUUUGUAUACAUUAAAGUGUAAAUAGAAUGUGAUUGGUUAGUUUUAAUUCCAAUACCAACACUCCAGGGAAGUAAAGAUGCACCCAUGGAAAUAUCCUCUUGUAUGAUCUGUACAAUGAAGUCUAAACUCCAAAGUGCUGUAUCGCAAAAUUGUGCCUGUUCGUUCACAAGUAAUUGUGUGUGAGAAACAAUCAUCUUUUAGUUUAAAGACAGUCAGGUGUAAUUAUAAAGUUGAGUAGUAUAAGCCCUUGAAAGUCAUUUUUUUGUCAGCUUUUGUUUCCAGUGCUUGUAAUGUAUAUAAAAUGGAGUUAUCAAAAACUAGCAUUAACAGAAUUUUUCAAAUAUACAACACUUAUCAAAUUAUCAUAGUAAAAAGGUAGAUGUGUAUUUUGCUAUUGACCGCUGUUGAAUCGUGUUGAA